CUGCAGCCUCGCUGAGGAAGCCGUCGAGUUCGAAAUCAAGCAGGGAGAUGAUGGACGGACCAAGGCCAUUGAUGUGAGUGAGCCCAAUGGAUCCUCCAUGCAAGGACACCAGAGGGGUGGAGGAGGUGGCGGUGGCCGGGGAGGCGUGUACAGGUUCAGAGGUGGAGGUGGGUACGAUGGAGGUGGGUAAGGCUUCAACGGCGGUGGCGGAAGAGGUCAAGGCAGGAGAGGCGGACAUGGUGGGAGGAAACGGCGGUGGCGGUGGCGGGUACAGUGAUGGCUACAACAACUAUGGAGGAACUUGUUACAAUUGCGGUGAGCCGGGCCAUAUGGUGAGGCGCUGUUAUCAGGGCAGCGGUGGUGGCCACGGUGGCAGGAGGUAUGGUGGUGGCAGAGGUGAAGGUAGUGGCAAAUCAUGUUAUAACUGCGGGGAGCAGGGGCAUUUUUCUAGGGAGUGCCCUAACAGAAAUGAAGUGGGUAGGUUUUUUCUUUUUCUUUUAUUGCUCUUUUUUUGGGUUCCCAUCAGAUAUUUUGAUUUGGGUUUUGUUUUUUUGGGUUGUUGGUAGUGGAAAUUUGACCGUUGAUGGAGGUGGGUCCAGUUUUUCUCCUUUUCUUUUUUUGCUGAUAUGCAUUUUUUGGACUUGUUUUUGGAGCAAUCGUGCAUUGAUGUGGAGGGAAGGAAAGGUUUGCUUUGUUUAGAGAUUGAAAUCCA